CCCAAGGCUGGCCUCUCCUCCUCCUCCGCCUGCCCCUCUUUCCAGCUCUGGUGCUCGGAAGCUCGCCGGAGAAACCAGGCGCCCCCCGGCGUUCCCCAACCGGCCAUGGGAAAUACGCUGCUACGAUAGGCAUUGGCGGGACCCUCGUCCCCCCCCCCCCAAAAAAAACAGAACAAGGGGACCUCAAGGCGUCUCUUCUCGUUUUCCCCUCUUUCUCCCCCUUUUUGGGGCCACUUUCUGCGGGAGACUGCUCUUCUCUCGCUCCCCCCUCCCAGCCGCCUUUUGCCCCCCUCCUUCCCCCGCUGUCUUUAGGAUUACAAUCCUGACAUUAUUCCCGGGAUGGAGGACUCGGGCGUGCCCCGGGGCAUCUGGGACAGCGACGCCAAGGCGGUCCAGCAGUGCUUGACGGACAUCUUCACCAGCGUCUACACCACCUGCGACAUCCCGGAGAACGCCAUCUUCGGGCCCUGCGUGCUCAGCCACACCUCGCUCUACGACAGCAUCGCCUUCGUGGCCCUCAAGUCCACCGACAAAAGGACGGUCCCCUACAUAUUCCGGGUGGACACUUCGGUGGCCAACGGCUCCUCGGAAGGCCUGAUGUGGCUGCGCCUGGUCCAGUCGGCCCGAGACAAGGAGGAGCAGAACCUGGAGGCCUACAUCAAAAACGGACAGUUGUUUUAUCGCUCCCUCCGCAGGAUCGCCAAAGACGAGGAGCUGCUGGUUUGGUACGGGAAGGAGCUGAGCGAGCUACUCCUGCUGAGCGCCGCCAGAACCCACGGCAAAAUGAACGGCUCUCCGCCUUACACCUGCUUGGAGUGCAGCCAGCGCUUCCAGUUUGAGUUCCCCUACGUGGCCCACCUGCGCUUCCGCUGCCCCAAGAGACUGCAUGCCCUGGACAGCAACCCCACGGAGGAGGUCAGCACCAAGGACAGCAGCCCCAAGGCCCUCGACGGCAGCACCGGCCCCGCGGCCAAGUACCCCACCAAGCCCAUCCACCACGGCCCUCCCACGGUUCGCCACCACUACUCCGGCCCGCAGGAGGGCCACGGCGGCGCCACCAAGCCCGCCACGGACUUCCACAACCUGGCGCGGGACAUGGAGAACUCGCGGGAAGCCAGUCGCUCGCCGGGAGCGCGGGAGCCGUCGGAGGGGCCACCCGCCAGCAAAGCCAAGCGGAAACACCCGGAGGCGCCGGCGGGGGAGGAGCGGGCCGUGGCGGCCAGGGGUCGCCUGGAGCGGCCGUCGCCCUCGUCGCCGCGGGAGGAGCUGGUCUGCACCCCGCAGCAGCACUACCGGCCGGCGAGCAGCUACUUCGGCCUGGAGGAGAGCAGCAGCCGCCUCUUCGCGCCGCCCAGCCCGGAGACGGGCGAGGCCAAGCGCAGCGCCUUUGUGGAGGUGAAGAAGGCCUCGCGGGGGCCCGAAGGCGAGGAAGAGAAGGAGCGAGGCGCCGGCUCCUCCUCGCCGCCCUCGGACAAGGCCUUGGGCAGCAGCAGCAACAAUGGAAGCGGCGGCCGUGCAGGCGGCAGCGCCUUCUCCACGGUGACCCCCUCGCCGGGCGGGGAGGAGCGCAAGAGCGCCUUCACGCAGCCGGCGCGCUCCUUCGCCGCCUCCUCCUCGUCGUCGUCGGCCCAGGUGGCGCAGCUGGUGCUGGGCCAGAAGCUGAGCGCGCUCGCCGACAGCCACGAGGGCGCCGCGCGCCUUUACGCGCCGGACCCGCUGGGGGCUAAGCUCCAGGGCGGGUCGGGGGAGUUGGGAAGCGGCGCCGCGGGGGGCGGGGCCGCAGCGGCGGCGUCGGGGGGCGGCCUGCCCAAGCAGAGCCCCUUCCUGUACGCCACGCCCUUCUGGCCCAAGAGCGUGGCGGCGGCGGCGCCCCUCCCGCUGCAGCUGCCCUCGGCGCUGACGCUGCUGCCGCCCUCCUUCACGUCGCUCUGCCUGCCGGCGCAGAACUGGUGCGCCAAGUGCAACGCCUCCUUCCGCAUGACCUCCGACCUGGUGUACCACAUGCGCUCGCACCACAAGAAGGAGUACGCCCUCGAGCCCCUGGUCAAGCGCCGCCGCGAGGAGAAGCUCCGCUGCCCCAUCUGCAACGAGGCCUUCCGCGAGCGCCACCACCUCUCCCGCCACAUGACCUCCCACAACUGAGCGCGCGCCGCGGCCGGAAGCGGCGCCCCCGAGGCCUCGCUUCCGCUCUCGUGCCGCUUUCUUCCGGCCCCGCAGGCGGGUUGGUUUUCGGGGGCUUUCCUCCCCACCCUCGGGGGAUUCUGGGAAUUGUAGUUCCGGGCGAGGCCUGAGGGGGCUCUGAGCGCCUACCACCCAGGGCAGCAGAGAAAAAAAAAAUAUAUUAAGGGUCUUCUGCUUUGUAUAAGUGUAGCUUUUUAAAGUUGAAGAAAAGACAUCCCUCCCCUCAGACACGUGACUUUUAUCAGGAUCAUGUGACUUUUACAGUGAAGUAAAACAAAAGUUCAAGAAAUACUUUCUUAUACAAAAAACACUUUUAUGCGUAAAUCCUCAAUCUAAACUGCAAAGUUUAGACCUUUCAUUCUGUCAACCCCUAUAUCUUCUUAAACAUAUCUAUUUUAAACAUUUUUACCUUUAAAACAUUUCUGCCUUCAACAUAUAAAGCUAUGCUCAUUCAAAACGCAAGACGCUUAAUAUAUAUUUUCUCCAAAAGUUUUCUCUGCUGCUAUAUCAGCUUUGAUGUGGUUUCAAACCGGUUUACAUUUGUAAUGGGCCAGGGGACAUUUCAUAACAUACAUGGGGUGAUAGAUGUGGACAUAAAGUGAGGUCAAGGCACAGCCCAUUUGUGGUGGCUGCUUAGCGGUUUCUAGGCAGGUGAUGGUCAGAGGUGAUUUGCCAUUGCCCACCAACCCUAGACUUCCUUGGUGGCCUCCCAUUGAAAAGCUGACCCCACUUAGCUUCUGUGAUCUGAUGAGAAUGGACUGUUCAGGUGAUAUAUAUGCAUACACAGAAGGUACCAUCAGCAAAAGAGACCAUACUUCUGGAGUAAUCACCUAGAUUCUAAUAGUGCUGUUUUCCACUCACCUCAGCGGUGUGGCUCCAGGAGACUCCACAAACCACUUAUUCCAAGCAUACCUUGAUUCACUUCAGCCGAAUGGUUUUCUAGAUAAAUGCCCAUGCAUCUUCCCUUUGGUUUCAGAAAAGCUUCAGAAAGAUUACUUUGGCAAGUUAAGCAGCAGCUACUAAGCACUUUUUCUGGAGUAGCCAAAGACCACAACGAAGUUGCUGUAGGAUAUGGCCCCAGUGACCUUUGGGUACUUAAUUCUGGUUAUAGGGUUAAGUUUGUUAUGUUCCCCUUUCCUAGUCACAGUUAUCUUAGAACUCUCUCAGUCCCACCUACCUCACAAGGUGUCUGUUGUGGGGAGAGGAAGGGAAAGCAAUUGUAAGCUGUUUUGAGACUCCUAAAAGAUAGAGAAUAUCAGUAUAUAAAUCCAAAUGCUUCAUCAUCUGCAGUCUGGAAAAUGGUCAACAUAAGGGUGAAUUUUGUCAUUCCAAGAGAUCAGAUGUCCCUAAAUUAUAUUUGUCUUUUGAUGCAGCUGAAGGAGGCUGUAUAUCCAUAGCCCAAAAACCUUUAAAUAAGAAUCUUUAAAUAAUAAAUAAAAAUCUUUACAUAAGAAAGAAUAACUUUGCUGACUGUGGUUGAGUGGAACUGGUAUUUACUACAAUAAAAACGGAGAAAGGGUUUUAGACCAAAGGACCAAGCAAUCAGAGGCACCGACCUAACAGAGAAUCUCUCUCUCAUUCUCUCUUUUAACAAAGGAUCAUAAGUCCAGAGUAACUUCAAAAGUGUUGUCCACCCUCCCCGCAAACGGGUGCUGCUCUUAAAACAUUGCUCACAAGUAAUCCCAUUGUUCAUUCUUGUAGCCUACAAUGACCAAAUCAUAGUCAGGUCAGGAGUUGCUUUUUGUUUUCCAUGGUUCUACAAACAACCAUGGAGCUUUCAAUUUCAUUUUCCCUGGAGCUCCUUAUGAAUUUAAGGAUGAAGUCAUCCCCAACUUACUUGGGAGCUAAGUGCAGUUAUAGUGAACUGACUUCAACAUGAACAUGCCUAGAAGCACUGUCUGUCCCACUAGGAUUAUACGAACUCUGUACAUGGAAGCCCUUGAAAACCAACUUGGACACUGUGGGAAAUUAGAGUUGCCAACAGACCUGGAGAAAAAAAUGUCCUGUCCCUUUAAUAGAGUUUUGAUGUGCAGAAAUGGGCAGUUGAAGCUUUCCAUGACAUAGCUAUCUUCUCAUGAAGUAACAUCAGUUGGAAAAGAACAUAUCAUGAACUCUCUAUGAAAGGGCAGAGGGUAUUUUCGCCUCCAGCCAUGUGGCACUUCUAAUUUUACAAGUAAAACAAAGUACCCACCAACUGUUGAUGCAAAUCUUAUGCCUGUGGAUAGGUUUUACCUUGCAAAAGAAAAUUGUAGGUGUCGGGUGGGUUUAUUUUUCCCCCUUCCUUUCGUUUCCGAUGCACGCAUUUUCACUUUCCGAGAAAAAGGUAAAUAACUUUGAAAAAGUACAUUUUUAAAAUGUCAUAUAUUGCAACAUAUUGAUGCAUUUGUCAUACGUUUCUACUUAAAUUAUUAAGCACUUAUGGUUUAGCUGUAAUAAGAACUAUAUGUAAGGGUAAAAAAAAUUUAUUUUAGAUAUAAAGCAAAAUUUUAAAAAAAUGACUGAAGAACCGAGAAAUGCAUUGCUUUUCUGCAUUACUUGAUAGUUUCUCUCUCUCUCUUUCUCUCUCUCUGCAAAAAUAAUAGUAAUAAAAAUCCAUAAAGACUUGAAUCCAUGUUACGUUUCCAAGGAGGGAAGUGCAUGUUCCUUAUGAAAAGACGGUGGUGGACUUUUGGUGCCGGGAUAUCAUCGGUUCUGUAAAUACGGAUUUCCUUUUAAUACAAAGUGUAAUUUUGUGCCAGUGAAAUGAAGUCUGAAUAGUUCUGUGUUUCUUUUCUUUCAUUUCUUGGGGAAAAAAAGAUUUAUUAAACUUUAUAGUUUAUCUGGGUAUGUUGGAUGCUUUGACAAUAAAUGACUUUAUUUUCUUCAAAAGCA